AUGAGGUUGGCGGCCGAGGAGAGGAGGGUGACUACCGAGAAAAGGAAGGUGGCAUUGGAGGAGAAGAAAUUGGCCAUGGAGGAGCGAGCUAGAUUAUUGGAAUGGGAGAAGUACUUGUUCUUCAUGGACACACCUAACCUCGAUGAUAGGAAAAAGGAGUUCAUCAACCUUUCCCGUGAUGAAGUCUUGGUCCAAAAAAGAUUGACGGUGAUGGGAGGCUUGGGCGGCACGGGAGCUAGAAUGGGCGGCUUGGGAGGCAUGGGAGCUACCAUGGAAAGCUUGGGGACAAGCAUGGGAGCCAUGUGCGGCAUAGGAGGCAUGGGAGCACCUACAGGAGACAUGGGUGGCUUCAGAGCUACCAUGGGAGGCAUGGGAGGCAUGAGUGGGUCUCUCAUGGGAGGCAUGGGAGCACCUUCGGGUGACAUGGGUGGACGCAUGGCUUCCGGUGUAUCUCACAUGCCUUCGCAUGAUGCCUUUGGAGAUAGUGCCAACACCGUCCGAGUUUCCAAUGACGAUGAGGCGCCUCAAAAUGGAGAAGAGGAGGAAAAAUCAUCUUCGGAAGAGUAG